AAGAAAGCUAAGUUCAACCAUCUUUCCAAUCCAAUGGCUUCACUUGGUUUCUGUUGCCCAACAAACUCUUUGCUUUUCUCUCGGUCUUCUGUGGUUAACCAUCGAAGAAACUUGCAGACUCGUUUCAUUGUCAGCUCCAGCACUAGCAGCAGUGAGCUGGUGACUCAAUCAGCAGUCAGUGGGAGCACUGAAAGGCCAAGAACAAGUUUGGGAUUGAAGAACUUGACUGAGAUUUUCUGGGUUGAUGUUCAUUGUGCUGAAGGGAGACCAUUGAAUGUUGGGCUUCAAGAACCGGUGACCGUUGGGUGUUCCAGGCUUGAAAAGGUUGAGAAUGUGGCUGUACGAGUUGAACUCAGCAAUGGGUGUGUUGGGUGGGGUGAGGUAUCAGUGGUUCCAUGGGUUAACUGGAACCAAGCCACUGCUCUUGAGGAAGUGAGAAAAGCCUGUGAAUUUCUUAGCCAGGGACCUCCAGUGACUCUGAAUUUGGUUUUACAUCAGAUCUCAGAGAUGUUUCCUGGUAGCGAAUUUGCUUCUGUUAGGGCUGGGUUAGAAAUGGCAUUGGUUGACGCAGUUGCUAAUAGCAUUGAUGUGCCCCUCUGGAGAUUAUUUGGGGGAGUGUCCGAUUCCUUGUCCACUGCUGCUACAAUCCCAACUACUUCCCUGGCUAAAGCAUUCGAUCUGGCUGCUAAAUAUUGCAAACUAGGAUUCAAGACAUUGGAGAUUAAACUGGGAAGGAAUGUAAAUGCAGAUAUUGAAGUUCUUCAAGCAGUAAGAGCUGCUCACCCUCAUUGCUUAUUUAUCUUAGAUGCAAAUGAGGGUUACACUUCAAAGGAAGCCAUUGAAGUUCUUCACAAACUAAACGAAAAAGGGGUGAUUCCUACAGUUUUUGAACAACCAGUUCAUAGAGAUGACUGGAGAGGCCUUGGUGAUGUGAGUAACGUUGCGAGGCAUAAGUAUGGAGUAUCAGUUGCAGCAGAUGAAAGUUGCAGGGAUUUGAUGGACAUCCAAAAACUUAUGGAGGAAAAUCUUGUGGAUGUUAUCAACAUUAAAUUAUCCAAAUUUGGGGUUCUUGGUAUCCUUGAAAUUGUAGAAAUGGUUAAAAAAUCUGGAUUGGAACUUAUGAUUGAUAGUGUUGCUGAAACUAGACUUGCCACUGGUGUUGCUGGUCAUUUAGCAGCUGGCCUUGGUUGCUUCAGAUAUGUUAAUAUUAGUGCACCCAGUUUAUUAUCAGAAGAUCCCGUUGUGGGAGGUUAUGAAGUUGCUGGUUCAAAGUACAAGUUUGUUAAUAGCAGAGGGCAAGGAGGUUUUCUCAAAUGGGAUGUUUUCUCAUGGUGA